AUGGCGAUCCCUGAGCAAGCAGCACUGACAGGAGCCGUGGUUGCGCUCUAUGAAGGGCAGGCUGAACCGCGCUCCAAGCUGAUCCAGUGGAAGGUCCAGCGCCUGUUUGGGUUGACCUUUACCGUGGCGCAUGUGCGUCAAGUGGCUCGACAAACUCCAGGGCUGGAGUUGGAGCCUCCAGAUGCCAAGAGGAACAAGUUUUGUGUUCUUCUGGCAGAUGAGCCGGCGGGCUUCCCAGGGUUUCAAGAUAUUCAGACGCUGGACCUCUCACAAGAAGAAAUGGACUCUCUCAGCGAGCUGCUGCUGUCUGGGGGAUGGCCUUUGGCUGCGGCUGCUGAUCAUCAGGCCUUUGAAAUUGCCUCAUGGCUGUGCGCCAGCAGGCCGUACUUUUUUGGUCAAAUGCUGGCCUUUGUGCGCAUUGCACACUCUAAGAGCCUUCUAGGACUAAAGAAUGGUCGAUUGGUAGCCUACAUGGAUUCGGAGGACUACGUUCGUAAGUGCAACCUGGAGAGGCGAUUGCCCACAGGUGUGCAGAUCGGAGAGCGCUACGUCGCCAGCGAUUGUGUUCUCCGUGAUUGCUUGCGGAUGCUGGCCAUGGAUGCCGGCGGUCUUCUGUGGGUGUGCGACAUCAAGCGCCUCUUCCGCGAGCGGUUUUGGGCAGAGCUGAGUGAAACUGCUUUUGGCUGCGCAUCUCUCUCAGAGCUUCUGCAGCUUCCUAGCCUGCAGUCUGACUUCUUCUUCGAGCAGGCCGAGAGCACUGGAUCCGGGUACAUCGGCCUUCAGCGUGGCUUGCAGAAGAAGCGCGGCAACCUCCGAACGCUUCAGGCUGGGAUGCAGACUUUCGCUGGUGUCGAGGGUGAACCGUUGAGCAUCACAACACAAAGGACAAUCCUUGAGGUGGCCCCAUCAGUGGGUGUCACCACUCCAGCAAAAGUCGCCCCUGCUGGCAAACAGAAUCAGAUUGAGAAGAAUCAGUUUGGUGCGGGCAGAGGUGUCUCGACAUCAAUCACUAUCACUCAGAAUGCAGGCACCAUCAGCAGCGACAAGAGCCCUGCUGGGCUCUUGAAAGGCAAAGAGAAUGAGAAUGCCCAGAGUGUUCCAGGCACCAGCAGAGGUGUGCCAGAUCGGCCAACAAAGGUCUUGGCAGCCCCGUCAUCUUCUGCUGAGACUGCAGGCACCAUCAGCAGCGACAAGAGCCCUGCUGGUUUCUUGAAAGGCAAAGAGAAUGAGAAUGCCCAGAGUGUUCCAGUCACCAGCAGAGGCGUGCCAGAUCGGCCAACAAAGGUCUUGGCAGCCCCAUCAUCUUCUGCGAAGACUGCAGGCACCAUCAGCAGCGACAAGAGCCCUGCUGGUUUCUUGAAAGGCAAAGAGAAUGAGAAUGCCCAGAGUGUUCCAGGCACCAGCAGAGGUGUACCAGAUCGGCCAACAAAGGUCUUGGCAGCCCCGUCAUCUUCUGCUGAGACUGCAGGCACCAUCAGCAGCGACAAGAGCCCUGCUGGUUUCUUCAAAGGCAAAGAGAAUGAGAAUGCCCAGAGUGUUCCAGGCACCAGCAGAGGUGUGCCAGCUCAGCGAAGAAAGGUCUUGGCGUCUAUCUUCAAGGAUGCAAGCACCAACAGCAACGAGAACAGCCUGCAGAGGAGGACAUGUGAGGAUCAGAAGAACGAGUCCCUGGCAGAGGAUGCUUGGCUUCACUUCCAGUCAGCACCAUCUCCCUUGCCUCCUUGGUGCGCUGUUCGCCGUACAUUCAUCGAGUGUGAAGCUGCCGAGGCAUCUCCGCAGCUUGCACGCCCGCAUUCGCAGCCUCCUUGCUCGCUCAACUUUGACUCAGAUGCAGAGGUCGUCUACGUUGAUCUGUAG